UUCGAAGAUAAACCAAACCAGUAAACCGCCUAUAUAAAAAUAUGAAGCUGUUGGUAUUGCUGGUAUUAUUGGGUGUUGCUGCAGUGGCACCAGCUCCUCAGUCACAAAACCAGAAUGAGCCAGAAGUGCAACUCCUGCGAUUUGAAUCUGACAACGAUGGACUCGGCACAUAUAGCUAUUCAUUUGAACAAAGCGACAAAACGCAACGAGAAGAACAAGGUGAGCUGAAGAAUGCUGGGACCGACAAUGAAGCGAUUUCCAUAAAAGGCUCCUACAGUUGGGUCGCCCCUGAUGGCGUUGUUUAUAAAAUCACCUAUAUUGCUGACGAGAACGGAUUCCAGCCAAAGAUAGAAAAGACUCCAUCAACCUCUGCAUAAUUAUUGGUAAACAGAAACAUA